AUGGUUCGGCUUCUCAUUGUGGUGGCAGCAGCAACAUGGUUUAUUUGCUUGGCUUUUGUUUCUGGAUCUGCCAGAGUAUUACCCUUAACAAAGAGCUACUCCAAUGUGACCUUUUACGUAGACAGCAAGGAUCCUUAUACCUACAGGCUCUUUAUCCAGCAGUUACGCGAUCUUCUGGCAGAAGAUGGCAGUGUUAGCCAUUCUAUACCAGUGUUGCCCACUAAUGUGCCUGCCACUAGUGACAGGAGGUUUGUUCUGGUCAUACUGGAAGAAGUGGGCAACUACACAAAUCUAGCAUUAGAUGUAAUUUCCGCAAAUAUUGUUGGGUUUAGUGCUGAAAGAUAUUCCUACUUCUUUAAAGAUGUUCCCGAUGAUAUAUAUGCAUCUCCACUUUUCCUCGGCACACAUAAAACCAGGCUUCCAUUUGGUGGUAGCUAUGGGAGUUUGGAGGAUGAAGGAGCAUAUAGGGAGAGUACAACACUGGGAAGUGGCCCAUUCAACGAUGCAGCCACGCAGCUCUAUGCUUAUCAUUGGGACAACACAAUAGACAUUGCUCCUUCUCUUCUAGUUGCUAUCCAGAUGAUUUCAGAGGCGGCACGAUUCACAUAUAUCGAGCAAGAAUUGUUCGAUAUCUAUGUAGCAGGGCUUGUUCCGAAAUGUGACAUACUCAGCCUACAGGAUAACUGGAGUACCCUUUCUAAUGCAAUCCAGACAUCUGUAGAUGGAGACUUUCCCCCGGUGCAGUUGCAAGAUGAUGCAUGUAACACAUUCAAUGUGACAAAUGUUGAAGAAUUAGCACCAAUGAUGGGAAUCUUAUUGGGCAUGACUACCCCUGAUAAUAAACAAUCAAUGGAUUGGCCAUCCAAGGGAGAUCGUCUCAUCAAGAUGCUGUCAUCAGUUUUUUGA